AUGGCAGAAUCAGCUGCAGUUGAUGUUCCCUCAACGUCGGGAAACAAUAAUACGAUUUCCCAUGAAAAGGAUGACGAAAAAUUCGAGAGAAAACGUACGGUCCUUGAAACUCAUGGGUACGCUAUUGGUAAAACAAUCGGAAAUGGUUCAUACGCAACAGUCAAAAUCGCAGACUCAUAUCGACACAAAUCUCCAGUAGCCAUAAAAAUAAUUUCAAAAUUCCAAGCUCCGUCUGACUACUUAAUUAAAUUUCUACCGCGGGAAAUAGAAGUAGUCAAAGGUUUGAAGCAUCCCAAUCUAAUACGUUUUCUGCAAGCCAUCGAAACAACUCACCGAGUCUAUAUUAUAAUGGAAUAUGCGCAAAAUGGAAGUUUGUUAGAUACAAUACGCCGUGAUAUAUUUAUCGAUGAAAACCGAAGUCGCAAAUGGUUCAAACAACUUAUUGAUGCUGUCGAUUAUUGUCAUACACGUGGAGUUGUUCAUCGAGACAUUAAAUGCGAAAAUUUAUUAAUGGAUCAUAAUCUAAACAUAAAAUUAUCAGACUUUGGAUUCGCACGUGGGCAUAUGAACAAGACAGACGGCACGACAAUACUGAGCGAAACAUUUUGCGGUAGUUAUGCAUAUGCAUCGCCGGAAAUAUUACGGGGAAUUCCUUAUCAGCCCCAGAUGUCUGAUAUAUGGUCACUUGGCGUUGUGUUGUAUGCGAUGGUCUACGGUCGGCUUCCUUUUGAUGACAAAAAUUACGGACAGCUUAUAAAGCAAGUGCAGAGUCAAGUUAAAUUUCCAAAAGAACCCAAAGUCUCAUACUCCUGCCGUUCGCUAAUCCGCCGAAUUUUGGUACCACAGCAGUCGCGAAUUAAAAUUGAAAUAAUUAAAGCAGAUGAUUGGUUGAUUAAUGAUGCGCCAGUUAAUGAAGAAAAAUUUGACCAUAAUAAAAUAUUAAAUAUAUUGCCGGCUGAAGCAAUUGUACAAAAGCCGCAGGACAAUAAUCAUGAGAAACUUAUGGAUCAGAUGGUACUACUAGACAAACAAUUGCAUCGUAAUAAAAUAGAACGAUAA